GUCAAAGCCGGUACGUGUACAAUACCAGUUGCAUCAAGAAACCAGAGGAGGAAACACGGAUCAGCGGUAUCGUACUACUGAGAGUCUCUGUGAGAGAUGAAAGACCCCGUCGAUCGAUUCGUCGAGUUCCUUCGCUUCCGCACCGUCAGCUCGGAGGGCCCCAGUGGCAGCUACCAAAAGUGCGCCGAAUGGCUGCGUGCAUAUCUCGAAGAGGUGGGGCUACCGGCUCAAGUGUUUUCUCCCGUUGAGAACAAGCCGGUAGUUCUGGCAACAUGGCAGGGUGAAGAUCCGACACUUCCUGGUAUUAUCCUGAACUCGCAUUACGACGUUGUGCCUGCGAUACCAGAGCACUGGACCUACGAUCCUUUCGAGGCUAAGGUCCUGGAGGACGGUCGAAUCUUCGGUCGUGGUACUCAAGACAUGAAGAGCGUUUGCAUCCAAUACAUUGAAGCAGUCCACACACUCAAGGCGUCGGGGUUCACACCCGAGCGCAACAUUUACUUACUCUUCGUGCCGGACGAAGAGCCUGGAGGUGCGCAGGGAAUGGGUACAUUUAUUGAAACGGAGCAGUUCAAGGCGCUCCAACCGAUAGCAUUUGCCUUCGACGAAGGUCUCGCGAACCCGGAAGACGCCUACACUGUCUUCUACGGGGAGCGAGCGCAGUGGUGGGUUUACGUAAAGGCCGAAGGUCCCACUGGACAUGGCAGUCGCUUUAUUAAAAACACAGCAACAUCUAAGAUCAUUAUUGAUAUUUGCAACAAAGCUCUGGUAUUUCGAGAAGAACAGGAGAAGAUUCUUAAUGCGGAUGCUGGUUGCAAGCAUGGCGACAUGAAGAAGAAAAAACUGGGAGAUGUGACGAGUAUCAACAUCACGGCGUUGCAGAGCGGCGUUUCUCAGGAUGGAGGCAAGACCCACGCCCUCAAUGUGAUCCCUACGAAUGCCAUUGCUGGCUUUGACAUUCGGAUUUCUCCGGAAAUGGACAUCAGUGCGAUGGGAAAGAAACUGGACGGAUGGUGUGCUGCAGAGGGGGUCUCCUGGGAGUUUGCAUCCUGGACGAAGCCAAUGCACGAGCACUAUGUUACGUCGUUGGAUAAUGGCAACGUGUGGUGGCAACUUGUCCAGAAAUCCUGUGAGCGGAUUGGUGAGAAGAUCGAGACAGAGAUCUUCCCUGCAGCUACCGACAGCCGCUAUCUCCGCAAAGCUGGUGUCCAGGCGAUUGGCUUCUCUCCCAUGAAGAAGACAGAGAUCCUCCUGCAUGAGCACAAUGAACAUCUGCACAAGGACACAUUCCUGCACGGUAUCAAGGUGUACGAGGCGAUUUUCCGAGACAUGUUUGCGCACAAGUAG